AUGAUGCUAUCAUCACAUUCUAGUUGCUCGAUCUUGCUAGCCUUGAGCUUUCUUUUCAGUAGAGCUCAAGGAGAGAGGGUAGUCAUGGCUUAUCGAACAGCUUCCCAAGCGGAAGCCGAGUAUAUCAGUGAGACCGGAAUGCCUUUUAUAGAUUUGGAAGAAUAUGAUUUCAUGCCUGUUCAACUCGGCACGGGACUCUAUACGUCAAAUAAACCUGCUAGAUGGCGGGCAACAGCAGAAGAAUGGUAUUGUGUUAUCGAAGCGGAUAGUAAAAAGCUUGAGGAGAUAAACAAAAUAUGGAUCCCACAAACAGUACCUGGUAGGGAGGAGUCACUAUGGUACGACCAAGACGAAGCUCUCCUGGACUAUAUCGAAUCAGUAUUGUUAGCAGACCCGUGGAGGGCACUACGCUUUUCAUAUGUUUCAAAAUACGAAUCGGAGCUGGUCAUGAAUAUUCCAAUCGACGCAGUAAACAACAAUAAAGUGUUGGAUCUAUCGGCUAAAUGCUGGAAAACAGCAGAUGAGCUAAGUGAAUACAAGAUCGUUAACUGGUUGGAGUGGGAUAUUACUGGAGCACCAGAACGAGUACCAGUACCAGUACCAGCACCAGAGAGUUAA